AUUACAGAUGUCGCCGGUAUACGCACUUCCAAGAUCGAAAGCAUGUCAAAAUUGCGCUGCUGCAAAAGUGAAGUGCGAGCCGGCUAUUGGCUAUACGAAAUGCAAGAGAUGUAACAAUCAAAAUGUUGCCUGCGUAUUAAGUGCUGCUGAGCCGCGGAAGCGGAAGAGAGCCGAAUCUUCCAUAGUCAGUGGAAGCAUUGCGAUUCCGAUGGGCGUUGUGAACGGCUCAGCAUCGCCAGGCUCAUGUCGCCUAUUUGAGAUCGAGCGUGGGAUGUACUAUUACCGGACGUCGCUAUUCGAAUUCUUUCCGUUUGUGAUCAUGCCGGACGUCAGACAGCCAGCAGCAGACUUCGCGAGCACGAAGCCCUGCAUGGCAUUGAUGGUGGCGAUGCUCGGAUGCACGAAGGAUCGGGCUAGACAGCGCGAGUUGACUGCGCAUGCUAGGGCGUAUAUUGCUACUCACAUGGUGCAGAAAGGGCAGAAGUCUUUGGAUCUGCUUCAAGGGCUGUUGUUACUGAUACAUUGGUCGCAGUUACAACUCGAAUUGCGAGGUCAACGAAGCAUUUUUAUGCACAUGGCAAUGAGCCUGCUUGUCGAUUUGCAUCUCAACAGAUCACCUUUUGCAAGACGUCAUUUCGUAACGGCGACCGAGGGAACUGAUGGCUUUGAACUACGAACUGAGUACCACGCUGAAAAUCUCGCCGAAAAACAUACCUUGGAAGAGCGGCGCGCUUUCCUGGGCUGCAUCUAUCUGUCGUCUGUCAUGUCGAACACAUCCGUGAACCUCAAUCCCGUGAAAUUCAAUGACUAUGCAGAGCAAUGUUGCGAUGUCCUUGAGAAGAGUGGCAUCGACACUGACCAGACACUGAUCAGCCUCUGUCGGCUCCAGCACUCUGUUGAACAAUUUCGCGUCGUCAACUGCUGGUUCAACAUGACACAGCGCCAGCGAGGCAGCGGCUACGAGUUUAUUUACAAUAUCUUCCGCCAGUCGUCUUCCAGCGAGGACAUACUGCACCACGUUCGAAACUGGGAUGCCAAGAUCUCUGCGCAAUGGAAUGCAACUCCUGAGAUUGUCAAGACCAGACUUCUGACUAUUCAAUACGGUUACGCCCGCGUCUGCCUCUACGAAUGCUGUCUUGAAGAAUCGCUCUUCCCAUCCGCAGAGGCACGUCAUGAGGUCCUACGCAACUGUAUCUCCGCUAUACGAUUUCUCAACGAUGCACUCGUGCCGAUAUCCCUCGAUCCUCUCGUACUUCUAGACGUGCCAGCCCACAUUUUCGCGCAGUCAAACCACAACACCUUCCUAGCACUGCUAUUGUGUUCCGUGAAGUGCGGUGACAAUUGCACGGAGACAGUCGAUCGGGAGCUCAAGCUACGCGAUUACUUUGCUAGGACGUCUGCAAGAUUGGGUGCUCUGCUGGAUGAACCGUUGGACGAGAUACCGGCAUUUUACAGAAAGUUGAUUCCCAUGGCGAGGGGAGUGCAAAAGUGGUUUGCUGCCAAGUUGCGCACUGGUGAAGAGGUGGCCGAUGAGAUGGAUGUGGACAGCAGGGUGGGUGCGUCUGGAUCGGAUCUGGAUGUGGACUUCUGGGGACAGUUCCUCAACAUGGAUGGUGAUGAGUGGUUGCAGGACAUUCUAUCCAUGGAUCACAGUGGCUGAUGAUUGAUGCUGGAAUCUAGCAG